GGCCGGAGCCAGGAGGCAGCUGCGGCGAGCGCGCCAGGGCCGCGGCGGGGCGAGGGGCGCGCGGGGCGUUGGCACUGGGGCGCGCGCCUGCGUCGGCGGCUUGGAUGCGGCGGAGACGCUUCUGCACCCCGCGCGCUCGACGCGAGCCAUUCAACAGCUGGCCUCGCGGGCCACAGUCGCAGCGAGCCGGUUGGAGCCUUAACGGUUGCGACUGCGGCUGCUGGAAAGAGGUGGCGGCGGCGGCGGCGGCGGUGCUAGUCCAGCUGUCCCGGCGGAGACCCGAGUGGAGACUCAGAGGCUCCUUAGGCUCCCGACUCAGUUCUUUGAAGUUGACUCGUCACUGUAGCCCCCCGACUGUCAUAAACGGAGUGGUUGCUUGUGUUCCCUGGUCAGGAUGCCAUGAGACAGCGCUCCGGCAUGAAGAGUUCACAUGAAUUGUGGCUUCUCAUGUCUUUCGUCCCUUGAUCACAUUUCUGCCAUAAGCUUUCCUGCAGAUACCAUGACGGUCACGGUGGUGUAUGAUAAUUCUGAGGCAACAGAGCUCUGUGCAGCUCAGCACCUCUACCUCAAGCCCAUAGCAAAAUUGAUGAUCAACGUCUUACUCCCAGAGAGUACGGAACCUCUGAGGCCCUUCUCUAACUGGGAAGUUCUUGACCAGCUGAAGAGCCUGAUUUGCCCUGACCAGUUCACCACAGUUCGGCUCUCCAAGAGCACAAAGGACUUCAUCCUAUUCGAGGGUGAGGCUGAAACACGAAGUUUGGUUCAGAUCCUGAAGGCAAAGUUACAUGGGAAGAUCAUCAAGCUAAACGGUUUGAAAACAGACUUAAAAGUAGUGGCUACAGAUGCCCAGGGAGAGUGGGAACACUUCCCCAAGGAAAAGGAGGCCCCAUCGAGUGACGGGGCUGAGGAUCAGGACCAUGAAAAGAGCCCAGAUUCCAUAUAUUUCGAAGGCCUGCCCUGCAAGUGGUUUGCACCUAAAGGUUCCAGCGGAGAGAAGCCGUGUGAAGAGAUCCUUCGGGUAGUCUUUGAAAGUUUUGGGAAGAUCAAGAAUGUGGAUAUCCCUAUGCUUGACCCCUACAGAGAAGUGAUGACUGGUGGGAGCUUUGGGGGAUUUAGCUUCGGCUUGCAGACAUUCGAGGCCUUUAUCCAGUACCAAGAGUCCACUGACUUCAUAAAAGCCAUGGAGUCCCUUCGAGGAAUGAAGCUGAUGCUUAAAGGAGAUGAUGGGAAGGCUCUGGCAUGUAACAUUAAGGUUAUGUUUGACACAACCAAACACUUCAGUGAAGGAGCUAUAAGAAGGAGAAAUCAAGAAAGGCUAAAAUUACAAGAGCUAGAGGAAGAAAGGAAAAAAGAAAAGAAGAGAGAAGAGGAAGAGGCUGAAAGAAAAAGAAAAGAGGAGGAGAGGAAAGCCCAGGAAAAGAGGAAGAAGGCCAGGGUCAGGAGGCGAGCCCUGAAGGAAAGGGACAGACGCCGGCAGAGGAAACAGAAGGACAGAGGCAAAGCUGAGGCGCCUCAGGAGCCUGACUCUUCCGAGGAGUGGGAGGCAAGGAAGUAUCUGCUGGCUCAGAGGCGAGCGGAGGCCCUUCGGUUGCUGCGGGUACUCCUGAGGAAAAUUGCAGGAUCCACACAGUUUAAUCCACAGGAGGAAAACAUUGCAGGUUCCGAAGCUAAUCACAUGCUGGGGAACACAAUGAAAACUCUGAAGAAAGAAGGGUCAAAUGCUCGGUAUCUUCAAAAUCAGGAGGAAAUGCCAAAAUAUCAGGUUGCCAAGUCAGGCAGUAAACGAAAACAAAAAAUGAAGAAAAGAGCUAGGGCUCGCUUACGUAAAUCUUCCUACUACCUUGGGGAAAGAAAAAUAAGAUGUUCGGCUAGAAAAGCGAGAACCAGAAAAUUAUUAACCUUUGAAUACAAUAAUGGUUUUGUCUCUGACGAGGAUACCUUGCAGAUUACAUUGAUACGAGAUCAGUCUCUGGAGAAAGAAGACCACCACAGUUUUGAUAAAUCCUGUUCUUCCAGAUUAUCUGAGAGAGAACAUGGCAGGAAACUGAAAAUCUAUGAAACAGAUGAAUUUACUGACUAUCUACUAAACUAUUAUCAAUCUCCAAAAUAUGUCCGUAUCUGCUUAGAACCAAGUGACAUAACAAGCACAUGUCAGUGGCAGAGGGCUGUCUAUGCUAAGGGAAAUGGAUUUCAAAUCAAUUUGAGAAAACUUCAGUAUCACUCAACCAGUUGGAGCCAAAUGCAAAACCUGCAAAGGAGAGAACAGGUUCGAGAAGACGAUUACCGGACAAAGAUUUGUACUCAGGAUACUGAGCAUAAACCACAAAAGAGAGGAAAAUUAGACUAUGCCAAAGAAUGUACUAAGGAACUUAAAAAUCGUUGCAAGGACACAGCCAAUGAAGCUGGUGAUCAGCUGCUCCCAACCGAUGGAAAAAGCCAUCUGUUGGAAAAGACCCAUGCUUACCAGGUCAAAGAUUCCAAAUCCACAAGUCAAAGCCGAGGUUCUUCACCCAAGAAGUCAGCAGACUUAUAUUUGGAGUUGACAGAUUUCUUAGAGGAUAUUAGUAGUGAUUCUGAAUGCUUCAGUGAAAUCUCCAGUGUAAACAAAGGGGAGAAACAGAAGUCUAUGGCCACAUAUGAUAGCUCCCCAGAAAAAGGAUCUCUUGAUGCUAAUGAAACCAUCAUUUGCAAUCAAGAAGAUAGGUCAUGUCAACAAACCUUGUAUUCAAAGCGGAAACGUGAUGGAGAAGAAAAAUACUCUAAAUACAAGCUUCAAAAACCAGGCCAAAGGUCCAAGAAUGAACUGAGAUAUUCAUGGCUUGAGGGUGAGAACAAUUCCAUUAGAGACUGGAGGAGCAACAACAAAAAGAGGGCGAUGCUAGCCCCCAAAUACUUAUUUGAUGAAGGCUACUACCGCCAAUCCAGUUCCAGUGGUUUAUUAGAUGACAUCACAAGAAAGAGGAGGAGAUUUAAUGAUAGUGCAUUUGACCAGAAAGUGAACUAUAGGCCCUCUUAUGUGCCAAUAAUGCCGUCAAGAGAUGCUAAUACUUUCUAUUUUGGAAGUUUUCCUAAAAGAAGAGAGACUUGGUGGAAGUCAGGAUAUAACCAGGUUGCAAAAAGGUUUACAAGACGUGAGAGUUCUCAAAAUUUCAUGCUGAAUUCUGAUACUUAUUAUAUUAGACAUUACAGUCAGGAGCAUGUUGACUAUGGAAGUUAUUUAAGAAACAGCUACACUAGUUCUUUAUAUUUUCAAAUGUUCUGAUGGUCUCUUGAGAGGUCAGGAACACCCUUAUUCACAAUAAGCAAUUUGCAAGAAGAAAAUUUAAAACCAAAUAUAGCUAUUAGUUAAUAACUACAGAGAAAGAGAGUGACAUUUAAAAGCUUGAGCAAGGUCAAAUACAAAACCUUGUUUCUCUUGCCAAAGUAUAAAGCCUAGAGAAAAAUGACUACAGGUGUCUUAGCGAGCUUUGGAAAUACAAAACAUACAGAUUCUGAAGCUUCGUACAACAAUGUGCUUGCAAAACUUCUUCAUCCAAGGACAGACGUUUCUAUAGGUUUCUACAGUUCAAUUGCAACUUUCAUUUGGUGCCAGCAAAGGAGCAAAUUAAGAGGAGUUGAGAUAGCCCUCUAUGGCUCUUUACCUGUCAUAAUGUUGUUUAGUACCAUUUAUCUUCAAAGGGGACAACAGUGAACAAAUAAGGAUCUUUUCACGUGUUCUUUGAUUUGAUCAGAAACACCAUGUGCAGCAACAAACUUUCCCGGCUUUUCCCUAGAAAUAAUUAUAAAUAAAAGAAGAGAGAUAACAGAACAUAUAAUAGACUUCUUCAUGACAUUAGAGGAUUUCAUGAGCACCCACCAGAAGGAAAUUAAUCUUAUUAAUAUGGUCAUAGUACUCAAAGAGUUGUCCUUCGAGAAACAAAGUCUUGGAAGAAUCUAAAAGGGGCUGAGAUUGUCCUUUGAGGCUUAAACAGAUAGUGAACCAUUAGCAGAGUUGCUUUUUGAAGAACCCCAUGUCAUUCCAUCCUAGAAAAGCAACAGGAUUGAAGUGAUGUGACCAGUGGGAUUUGCAAAAGGAAAUAUUGAAAGUUCCUGGGGCACCAAUAAUGGCACUUGGGAAGAGAGGACACGACAGUAUUCCAUUUCAGGUUAUGUAAUCCUUUCACUCAGGGUUGGGUGACAUCACUUUGUAAAAAGCCACUGAAUAUCCCCAAACUGACUUUGAUAAAACAGUAACAAGUGCCUCCUCAAUCCUCAAUAAUGCCAUGGAGUUAGGAAGAGUCAAGGGCAAAGCCCAUAGUUUUCUAUCUGGGAACAGAUUAUAUGUGUGCAGGAUUUGUAAACUCUUAACAUAAGCAACUUAUCUUUUUACCUACUGGUUUUGGACUUCUUGAAUAUGUUUUUAAAUUGAGAUAUUUUAUAGGUUUGUAAAGACUUACAUCUUAAUGCAGUGCAUGUUCUGUUGAAAGCUCGGCUGAUUCAUUCUGCCUUAUAUUGGAUUUAGGACCUCAGGGGCAGUAGAUGACUUUUUUUUUUUUCCAAACAAAGCUAUACCUGACUUGGCAAUUGAAGACUUCAAUGAGAUUAGACUGCCUACAGCAAGAAAAGGUGAUUUUAAUCCUCAGAAGUUGUGGAAGACAACAUUUUCAUACGCCAUGAUUCAUUUCACACAGUCUUAACUUGAUAUUCUGUAGAAAAGUGCCAGCGGGUAGAGCCAAGGUGGGAUGCCAGUCACUGUGGUUGCCCAGCAUGACGAGGCACGAUGUGUACCCAUAACCAGCCUCUUGAGCAGCCUGAUAUCUGAUCUUCUAAUCUAUCUAAAGUAAGCGCCACAGUGGUUUCAUUGAUCCUUCUAAUCACCUUUAAUAGAAGUAUGCUGGUACAUACAAAAGUUCAGAAAUGAAUGUCACAUAGCAGCUUAUGUUUAUUAUUAAUAAGAUAAUAAGCAAUGAACAAUUUGUUGACUCUCUUGUAUUCAAUUCUGCUUUCAAGCCAGUGACUCUGCCAUCAAAACUAGAUUUGGCCUGUCAAAUUUGAAAAACCGCUCAUAAGGCGAGUGCCUUUUCUCCUCUGAGGACUAGCAAUGACCAUUAACGUUCAAAGCACUGUUGUCCAGGGUAGCCUUUUGAACUACUAACAGCUUGUAUUUUGUCACACAGCUUUUGGUAACUAGGUAUUAUUCUCCUCCAAUGAGACCCUGCCUCCUUAUUUUUUUCAUGUUUCAUGCCACUGAAGCAAAGAACAUUAUGGGUUUGUAAUGGAAAGCAGAUAUGCUUGUUUUGAAAAAAAGAAAAACCUCUCAAUUUCUUCUGUCAUUUGAUAAUUUUUCUUUGUGGAGAUUUUAGGCAUGAAAACAAUUUGCUGCUCAGUAACCAGACAUAAAAAACAAAUUGCAGAAUACAGCAUGUGCAAUUUUUUUUUGUAUAAUAAAACUGGUGCUACGUCACUUCUAUAUAAUAUCUUUUUUUUAUGUAAUACCACCCCGGGACCUAGAAGAAAGUAAAAAUACUGGUUUUAUGUUUACUUUCUGUACAACCUUGGAUUUUUAUGACUUGUGGUAAUGCAUUCUACAUUUGAGUAAACCUCUUUUUUUGUGUAGACUUUCGAUGAGGAAGAGAACAAUUCAUCCUGUACUUUUCAAUUGAAUGGCUUAGUAAGGAAUGCAAAGAACCGAAAACAUUGUAGUCACUUUCUAUGAAUUAGUGUUGUUUUUCUUUGUUGUGCUGUUAUUUAAGUGGUACAAAAGUAUUUUCUCAUAGCUCUUUUUCUAUGUCCUAUUAAGUAAAGGCCUGAACUUUAGACUUUGUCUUUUUAAAUAGAUGUUUUCAUGUUUUUCCUUGUAUGUGCUGAUAGUGCUUUUAGCAAGCUGAAAAUCUGUCAAUGUCGAAACAAUUCAAUUUGUUUGAAUUUCUCAGGUAGAAAGCCAUGUAACCUGGUAAUUUUGAAAAUAAGAACCAAAUAAAUGUAUUUUUAUUUGUUGCAAGACUGUUUAAAAAUGUUAACUUUUAAAUAAAUGCUGAUAAUUCCACUUUGCGGCGGCGGGGGGGA